AUGUCACUCCAAAGCCGAAAGCGACACCAACACCCACACCGCGCGAAAACUCAAACCACCAUCCAGCUCUGUCAAAUGGCUACCUCGGAGGUACUUGUUCAUAAUCUGUCCCUCUGGGCCUGGCGCUUACCAGGCAUAACAGGAAGAAGCCCGUCCACCUCACCACCACCGCAACCUCUGCCAGAAUCUUUCAUGAUAGAAGGGCUGGACAAUGACGACAGAUACCGGAUGGUCGAGGACGAACUCUUUACCAUCGCCGGCCAAUUCACCGCGCACCUCCACGCUGCAGAGUAUCAGCGCCUGAAAGCGCAGACAAGAUCGCAGAACGCGGAAACAAUCAGGAACAUAUCGCGCCCCGUUGUCGGCUCACUAACCGAACUUGCCCGGAAACGUCAGGAAGAGCUGCUCCGUAAGGAGAAACAGCGCGAAGCACUUCGUAAGGCGAAGAAAGAGGCUGGUCUCGAAGAAGGGAGCGGCGACGAGACGAACGUCUCAUGGCGCGGAACUUCACUCCAGGGGCUUAUGAACAGCCCCAAGAAGAAGGAGGUGCCUCUCAUGGCGCUGACAAGGAUGGAUACGGGGACAAAAGCUUCGACAUUGUUUGGAGGGGCUGUGAAGUCGCGAAACAAAAGGCCUGCACCCACGGAUAGGAGAGACGAAGAUGUUGAGACGGAAGAUGAGACGGAUGAUGAUGAUCUUGGAGGUCCAGUCCGGCCUCCUGUGAGGAGGGAGCUCGCGCGUGAUCCUCCUGCUACUGCAAGACCAACACAGGCGGCGAGGCCUGUUCCACAGAUGCCACUUUCCUCUACAGCACGAAUACACCGCACUGUGGCUGGGACGAGCUCGAAUGCAGGCAUGAAAGCUGCUUCAAAUACUAGGAACCAACCCCCCUCGACAACGACACCGAACUCGUCCAAGAGCAAAUUGCCCACAACGACAGAAAGCGUUGUAAAGGACGAAGAUGACGACGAUGAUGAUCUCUUUACGCGUUUCAAGAACCGCAACGCAAGAACAAGACAAAGGCGAGACACAAACACAGGCACGAAGGAAGUGAAGACGGAGGGACGGGACCAUGAUGAUGUAAUUCCCUCCUUUAUGUAG